AUACAUACACACUUAUAUACAAUCCCAUGGGAUGCUGCCAUGGUGUAAUAGUUACAUUUCUAGAAUUGCAGUUUAUAGAUUUCCAGUGCGAUCGCCUGGCAUGGAAGCUGAAAUAAUGGCUAGGUUUCUUCAAUUAUCCCACAUAUGCUCAGCAGUAUAAACGGAGACACCGCAGUUAGAUGAUUGGCAGUUCAGAUGUGAUGGGGUAAAAUGUGGGUACUCCCGCCGUGUCCAAGACGUCUGGCCAUCAUGGACGAGUAGGCCAAAUAUCAUCUCGAGGGGCAAUCUAGAGCAUUCUUUAGUGGAGGACCUUCCACCAGCAGUGGUAUGAGCAAGCAAUAUCAGAGCCACAUCUUUAACAUUUCACUAUUAAAGUACAUAUGCACAUAUAUAGAAUCUCAUACAGUUUAUAUACAGUACAAAUAUAGUACAUUCAAUAUAUUGUAUAUGUAUAUAUGUUCCAAAUGUCUCUGUUUCUAAAAGUAAAUCCAAAAAAUCAAGCCUAGCUACAAUAUUUCGGACAAUCCAGGGAAAAUUAAACAUUGUUUUGGAUUGCUCAGAAAACAUGACAUCGCCCAUUGUGACGUCACUCACGACGACACGUAUCACGUGGCAUCGGGUUUCGUCACUCUUGUUCACAUGAAUAUAUUGUACAUUCUUACGAAUUGUAAAUAAUCCGAAAAUCAAAAAAUAUUCAAAUCCAAAAUGUUUAAAUGUGAAACGUAUCCUUAUAAUACGACUUACACACAUAGACUCUGUGGAGCUGCAUGACGGACAGCGGGGAGCAAGUGCAGGAAAUACAUUGCUGUACUCUGUCUGGAGUCUUCGCUUCCCAUAUUCAACCCGUACUGACCAGUGUGGGAUGACUAGAAUUAAAUAGCCCUCAUGACCCACGAGGUGUGGGGAGGCCCUCAGCCAGAAGUGGAUUGAUAAAAGGGCUGUAAACACCCCUGGAAAUCAAUACAUAGAGAUGUUACACCACUGAUAUCAACGAAAAUGAUAAUUAAACAUCAGCAAAUACAUUUUACUUUGGAAAAUGCUCGACGUUGGAACCCAUAAUUUAGUCUGACUUUGUUUAAAGGGAGGGUAAGACAUUCAAAGGUGGCAUGACCUUUAGGCAAAUUAUAUUUCUCAUCCAAGUGUACUAUGCCCAUUAGUGUGUUUAUGUUCGUGCGUGUCUAUGUGUGCAGUGGCGAAAUAUGCAACAACACCAUCGGAGGAUCCCUGGUCAUGUGUCCCCAGUGUGACCAAAAAUGCACCUUUUGGAGGCUAAAUGAUACCUGCGAGACUGCGAAGACUUCACACAUGUAUGAAAAUCCGGUCACCAUAUUCUUCGCAGUUUUCAUGGGACUUUGGGCCACGGUGUUCCUGGAAUUUUGGAAGCGUCGCCAGGCAUCGCUCGCAUACCGCUGGGACCUGACGGCAGCGGCGGAGGAGGGAGACCCCAUCCGGCCCGAGUACCUGGCUCGCUGCACGACCACGAAAUGUAACAUCAUCACCAUGGUAAUGCUUUCUGCUGUCACCACGGCGACUACCUCAUUGCACACACACACCUCUGUUUUGUAUUGUUGCAUGUGUAACUGUUCACUGUUUUCCUAGUUUUUCUUUUAACAUAUUUGUUGGCCUUUGGUCAAUUGUGUUUUCCUUCCAAUAUUAUCCCGAUUGUCCUAUCGGC